UCACCUGGGAUGUUUAAUAUAUAAGACCUUCGAACAUCAGCUGAAUCGCUUCUUUCCAGAUCAGCAUCGAACCCCAUCUUCUCAUUCUUCAAACCUCUCUGGACAUCUCUAAAGAGAUCCAUUAACUCUUUGAACCCGCUUUCGUUUCUUCGGUACUCUCGUCAUAGAGAUUUUGAAGUUUCUUCAAAACUCCUAAACCUCUUCUGACAGACUGUGUUGAACAACCCCAAUAUCAGCUUCACACCACCACAACCCCAACCGGCAUCAUGUCCAAGGCCGAUACCAAGGAACAUCUCGAGCAUCUCGAGGAUACGGGUUCCCCAAAUUCCAUUCACGAAAUCAACAUCGAUGAUCUCGACUCCAUCGAGCAGACCAAGGCCGGCAAGUUUUCCUGGCUUGUCAGUAUCACUGCUGCCAUCGGUGGCAUGCUGUUUGGUUAUGAUACUGGAAUCAUAUCCGCUGUGCUUGUCUACAUCCACCAAGACCUCGGCAAGACUCUUACGUCUCAGGAGAAAGAACUCAUCACCUCGAUCACCUCCGGUGGUGCCUUUCUGGGUGCCAUCUUUGCAGGAUGUUCUGCUGAUCGUUACGGACGAAAGGUUGCUAUCUAUGUGGGCUGUGUCCUCUUCACUGUCGGUGCCAUUAUCCAAGCCGCUUCUUUCUCAGUCGCGCAGAUGACUGUUGGCCGCCUCAUCGUCGGUCUGGGGGUGGGGAGUGCUGCAAUGGUCGUACCUUUAUAUAUUGCUGAAGUGAGCCCUGGCAAGUAUCGAGGUCGUAUGAUCGGUCUUGAUAAUAUGUCUAUCACUGGUGGUCAGCUUGUCUCCUACGGCAUUGGAGCCGCGUUCGCACACGUUUCAUCUGGCUGGCGAUACAUGGUAGGCGGUGGUGCCAUCCCUGCUAUCGUACUUGCCGCUCUUCUCCCUUUCUGUCCCGAAUCUCCUCGUCAGCUCAUCUACCACGGAAAGGCUGAAGAGGCGGCCGCAGUCAUCAGGCGCAUCUUUCCCAAUGGUACCGAAGCACAGGUCCAGGACAAGAUUCGCCAUAUCACACACCACGUCAACGAGGCCAAGUCUCUUAAUGCUGGCAAGUCUCAGUGGUGGGUGUUCAAGCAGCUCUAUGUCAACCCCGCAAACUUCCGAACUCUCGUCUCUGCCUGCGGACUCAUGGCUAUUUCUCAACUCAGCGGCUUCAACUCUCUCAUGUACUAUUCUCCUCUACUGUUCUCCCUCGUUGGGUUUUCUAACCCCGUAGCUGUGGGAACAGUAAUUGCUGGCACCAACUUCAUUUUCACCUGGGUCAACCUCAUGCUUGUUGACCGUGCUGGCCGCCGAAGGAUUUUAAUCUGCACAGUUCCUUUCAUGGGUAUCGCUCUCAUAGUUGCUGCUGUGUGUUUUAAGUAUAUCCCUAUCAACCAUGAUCUCUCUCUGGCAUCAGACGCCAAGAUUGGUUGGCCUGCUAUUGUGGUCCUCGUCAGCAUGGUGAUCUUUGUAGGUUUCUACUCUUCUGGUAUCGGCAACACGGCUUGGCUUUCAAGCGAGUUCUUCCCCAUGGAAGUUCGAGCUAUGGGAACUAUGAUGCUCACCAUGACCUGCUGGGGAUCCAAUAUCAUUGUGUCUUCAACAUUUCUUACUCAGAUGGAGAAUACUACCCCCUCUGGUGCUUUCGGAUUCUACGCUGCCAUCUGCAUUCUCGGCUGGGUUUGCAUCUACUUCUGUUACCCUGAAGUCAAGGGCAUGACUCUUGAGGAUAUUCGAGAGAUUUUCGAGCACGGCUUCGGUGUUCAGCGAGCACGAGAAAUCCAGAAAGAGAUGAAGCUUCUCAGGAAAUCUGCUGCCUCUGCUGAGGUCGCCAAGGCUUAGUAAGCGGCUGGAAGUAUGUGAAAGAUGUUUGUAUUGGCACCCUUUUGGGGCUUGAGGGUUACAAUUACACAGAAGUUCUUCAGAGGCGGUCUGCUGGGUUCAUAUACGAUUCGACGUUAGUAGAUAGGACACCUAAAUAAGGCAAUCAUAUAUAUAUAUCAG